GUUUUUAUACUCAAGAUGGACAGCUCCUCAGUGUGUGAUGAGAAUUCAGAGAUGGAUUACCCUCCUUCCUCAGAAGACCAGAUUGAGAGAUCAAAUACAGACACCGGAUACUCCACUCCUGGUGGGCAUUCGCUCGACUAUAGCCGUACAAUCUCUGAAGUCUCAAGCUACUCAGAGCCAAGCAUUUUGGAUGAGCCCCUUGGCCUUCCUUUUGGAUUGCCAAUUUCUAAGCUAGUGGGGCGAGCUUCACCAGUUAUAACCAAACUCAGGAUGAAACAACAUGUUGAUUUGCUCGAUGAGAAACUUGGCAAUAAUGAUGUGGCAAAUUCAGAGCUGGAAAUGAUGAAGGAGAAAUUCUCGAAGCUUUUGCUGGGCGAAGACAUGUCAGGAAGUGGGAAGGGUGUUUGCUCAGCUGUUGCACUCUCAAAUGCCAUUACAAACCUCUAUGCUACUGUGUUUGGCCACUGUCACAAAUUGGAGCCUCUACCACCUGAAAAGAAGCACAUGUGGAGGAGAGAUAUGGAUUGCCUUCUAUCUGUCUGUGAUUACAUAGUUGAAUUCUUCCCUUCUUUCCAGAAUUUGCCAGAUGGGACUGCUCUAGAGGUGAUGGCAAGCAGGCCAAGAUCAGAUAUUUACAUCAAUCUUCCUGCUCUCGAAAAGCUGGAUACUAUGUUGCUUGAAAUAUUGGACAGCUUCCAGAACACAGAAUUCUGGUACAUUGAUGAUGGCAAGCAAUCAUCAAUUGCCUGUACCUCAAGGUCAUUCCGACAGGUGAUUCAUCGGAACGAUGAAAAAUGGUGGCUACCUAUCCCAUGUGUUCCUGUUUCUGGCCUCCCCGAGAGAUUACGGAAGGAGCUGCAGCAUAAACGUGAAUGUGCAAAUCAGAUUCACAAAGCAGCCAUGGCAAUCAACAGUGCUAUUCUUGCUGAAAUGGAGGUCCCAGAAUCAUACCUUGCAGCACUCCCAAAGAGUGGGCGUGCAAGCGUAGGAGAUUCCAUCUAUCACCACAUGUCCACUGCAAACAAGUUCUCCCCUGACUAUCUUCUAGAUGGUCUUGAUAUAACUUCAGAGCAUGAAGCACUUGAGAUCACCGACAGUGUGGAAGCUGCAAUCUAUGUGUGGCAGCGCAAAGCAAGCAUGAGCAAUUCAAAAUCUUCAUGGGAUAUGGUCAAGGACCUAAUGGCUGAUGGAGACAAAUAUCACAUGCUUGUGAGUAGAGCCGAGAGUCUCUUGCUUUGUCUGAAGCAAAGAUACCCAGAAUUGUCACAAACAACUCUAGAUACAAGCAAAAUCCAGUUCAAUAAGGAUGUUGGACAAGCAAUCCUAGAGAGCUACUCAAGAGUGCUGGAAGGUUUGGCAUUUAACAUUGUUGCAUGGAUUGAUGAUGUUCUUUUUGUAGAUGGAUUUGUUAAGAGGCGAUGAUCAGUUCACUCCAAUCUACAAGUCACAAUGAGGGUUGCAGACAGAAUUCUCAUCAUGUCAUUCUAACAAAUGUUGCCUUAAAACAAACUAACCAGAGAAAGCAAAUCAUUUUGUUGACCUAGAACAUUGUAAUUUCUAUCAGUAGAGUCAUUAGCUGUCAGAUUGAAGAAAUUUGAGAAAACAGAUUUAUUCCUGAAUGCUCCAUGGAUUGGCAGUCUGCUGCAUCGAGCAAGAUGAGAAAGAAAAUUGCUCUACACUGUGUUGAUAAAAUGUGAACCAGAUGCCAAGAUGGUGAAGACAAGAAGAAAAUGUAAUACUAAAUUCAGGUUCUUGACUUGAAGUAAGAACUUUUAAAUGAUUUCAUGUAAUAGUAGCUACAUAUAUUUGCUAAAUGUCUCCUUUAUAGCAUGGAUUCAGCUA